ACUACAUGUAAGUUAGACUACCGAUAUUGUGCGUGGACAAUAUAUUCGUUUAUAUUUAGUAGUUGAUGUCUCAUUUUUGCAAGGUGACUGACCACAACUAGUCAUAAGAACACAAGAAUAAUAGAUCCUCUAUCAUCCCGCAAUGAAAUUCGUUGGUACGUUAUUGUUUGUUGGUGCUGUAUUGAUGACUGGUCAGACUGAAGCAAACGUUAACUGUGGUUGUAUUAGGCGAGGAGGAAAAUGUUCCAAUUCCUCGGACUGUCCUACAACUGGAGGCGAACAAAUGAAACUGAAUGUAAAUUGUCGUCAAGCAAAGGCAUGUUGCAAGUGCACCGAUAUGUGCCCAAAAGGUUCAUCUUGUAUUCCAAGCAACGCUACUUGUGAUGGUGGUCUUGGCAACGUAGACUCUUCAUUGUGUUGUGGUGAUCAAGUUUGCUGUACUCCAUGUUUUGAGACUUCUGUGUGCAAGUUACGAGGUGAAGGCUCUUAUUGUCAGGAGUCAUGCAAUGUCGGUGACAUUAUUAGACACACUUCAUUUACAUGCUGCGGUCAAGCCUGUUGUGUUCUUGAUACUAGAUCGGGACGUUAGGAACAUAAAGGUGUCAGAAGAAAUGUUAUGAGAAGAUACUAAAUGAACCUAAAUGAAAAACGAAAAAUGAAAUAAUAAAACAUAGCAUUACAA